UACGCAACAGCAGCGGGGGGCGGGGCCGCAUCACAACACCCCAGCGCAGAGCUCCUCAUUGGCUGAUGGGCAGCAAGUCAUGAUACGUGCGGUAUCUUUACGUGCGGUCUUCCUCGCAGCCCCCCAUGAUCUAGGCAGUGCUGCAGCUGAGGGGGCGUCAGCACCGGACUUGGGUUUCUAGUCACGACAGGUGACUCCCACUGACCAGACUGAGAACCGAGCUGCCUCCUUUUCUUUUAUUAUUAUAUUUUUYUACAAGCCUUCUUGGUCCGAUUUUUUUCCUUCCUCUAAAUGAGCCCAAAUGAGCCCUGACUGUUGAUGUUUGGGUGGGAAUAAAGGACGCGGAGCCUCUUCUGGACGCAGGUUUGGGUCUGCAGCUGUCCCCACCUGAAGCUCCUUCCUCCUCCUCUCUGCAUCUCUGCAUCCUGUAGAUCUGAAACCUCUGAAUUCACCUGAGAUCAGAGCAGAUUUGAGACCAUGGAGGGACAGGGAAAACAAGUAACGGGUUAUCUCCUGUUCUCCUUGGGCACGGCUGUGAUUGGCUCGCUGCAGUUUGGUUUCAACACAGGAGUCAUCAACGCUCCAGAGCAGAAACUUCGAUCAUUCUUCAACAACACCUGGGUGGAGCGUUAUGGCGAGUCCAUCAGCCCGGGGAUUUGCACCAUCGUCUGGAGUAUCACUGUUGCCAUCUUCAGUGUGGGGGGCAUGGUGGGCUCCUUCAGUGUGGGGGUCAUGGCCAACAGAUUUGGCAGACGACGCUCCAUGUUCUUGGUGAACUCUCUGGCAGUGAUCGGAGGCCUCCUCAUGGGCUUCUCCACCAUGUGCUCCUCCUACGAGAUGGUGAUCGCCGGUCGGCUGGUCAUCGGCCUGUUCUGUGGUCUCUUUACUGGUCUGACCCCCAUGUACGUGGGCGAAGUGUCACCAACACCGCUCCGUGGGGCUUUCGGCACGCUGCACCAGCUCGGUGUGGUGGUGGGCAUCCUGAUCGCUCAGAUUUUCGGCUUGGAGUUUUUGUUGGGCUCUGACAAGCUGUGGCCCCUGCUGUUGGCCCUUACCGUGGCCCCUGCCGUGCUGCAGUGCAUCUUGCUGCCUUUCUGCCCAGAGAGCCCCCGUUUCCUGCUGAUCAACCUUAAACAAGAGGAGCAGGCACGUAAAGCGCUGGUCCGUCUGCGCGGCACCGAGGACGUGAGCAAAGAUCUGCAGGAGAUGAAGGAGGAGAGCGCCAAGAUGGCUCAGGAGAAGAAGGUGACCAUCGCUGAGCUGUUCCGCUCGGCGUCCUACAGGCAGCCCCUCCUCAUCGCCAUCAUGCUGCAGCUCUCCCAGCAGCUCUCAGGGAUUAACGCCGUGUUCUACUACUCCACCGGGAUCUUUGAGUCAGCAGGAGUGAAGCAGCCCAUCUACGCCACCAUCGGAGCCGGCGUCGUCAACACCGUCUUCACCGUGGUCUCUCUGUUCCUGGUGGAGAAGGCAGGAAGGAGGACUCUCCACCUCCUGGGACUGGGAGGGAUGGCUGUCAGCGCUCUCAUCAUGACAGUUUCCCUCCUGCUGAAGGACUUCUCAGCUAUGAGCUACGUGGCAAUCCUGGCUGUCAUGCUUUUUGUGGCCAUGUUCGAGUUGGGUCCCGGUCCAAUCCCGUGGUUCAUCGUGGCGGAGCUGUUCUCCCAGGGGCCCCGUCCUGCAGCCAUGGCUGUUGCUGGUUGCUGCAACUGGACGGCUAACUUCCUGGUUGGAAUGAGCUUCCCCAAACUGGUGGAUUGGUGUGGUCCUUGGGUGUUCCUCAUCUUCACUGCCUUCCUCAUCCUCUUCUUUGUCUUCACGUUCUUCAAAGUCCCGGAGACGAAGGGUAAAACCUUCGAAGAGAUCGCCCGCGGCUUCGGUGGCUCUGCUCCUCCCGCCGCCUCCUCCGCCGAGGAGCCCCCCGCCACCACCAGCGCCGCCGUGACGCUCCCGGCCUCGCCCGAGAAGGAGAAGGUCCCGCUAGUGGAGGCGCCAGCGGCGCCGGCGGCCCCCACCUCAGCCGAAGCGAUCCCCCUCACAGAAAAACCCACUGAAGAGAGCGUGGAGCAGGUGUAAAUAAAGGUUUUAUUGAAGAGUCA